GGAUGAAAGGGGGGAACCCGAGCGGGAGUGGAUGCACACUGCUACAGAAGACUUUUCCUCGGAGCUGUUGCUGCUAAAGUCUCAGAUCCCGACUGUGAACAGGUCACCCUAAAGAAUGGCCGAGCCUUCUGGGAACGAGCUGGCGUCCGCGGCUGCCAAGGGGGACCUAGAGCAACUUACUAAUUUGUUGCAAAAGAAUGUAAACGUCAAUGCACAAAAUGGAUUUGGGAGGACUGCGCUGCAGGUAAUGAAACUCGGGAACCCCAAAAUUGCCAGGAGGUUACUAAUUAACGGUGCAAACCCCAAUCUGAAAGACAGUACUGGCUUCGCUGUAAUUCAUGAUGUAGCCAGAGAGGGGUUUCUGGACACUUUGCAGACUCUGCUGGAGUUUAAAGCUGAUGUUAACAUUGAGGAUGACGAGGGCAACCUGCCCUUGCACUUGGCCGCCCGGGAGGGGCACGUGCGGGUGGUGGAGUUCCUGCUGGAGUGCACGGAGUGCAAGGUGGGCCACCAGAACAAGCGGGGGGCCACCGCCUACGACCUGGCCAAGCUCUACAAUAGAUCCGCCGUGGUGAAGCUCUUGGAGGACAGCAGCUUCUUCCCUGCAGCCAUGAAUUAAAUCCACCUCGGACGUGCGCUCCUUUGGACAUUAAGGCUUUCAGCCUAGUUUUGUUUUUUUUUUUUUUUUCCUUUUUAAUAACAUUUGUUACAACCUUACUUCUAUUUUUUUUCUUUUUUUGAACAACUGAUAGCGUAAGUCUCAAGAAAUUCUAGAGGUGGGUUUUUAGAUAAUGGAAAUGUUUUAAAUCCACUCUCUCAGCAAUUUCUUACACCUAUCAUUCACAAAGUACUCACAGACUCAGCCGUGUAUAUGUUGGUCGCUCAUACCUAGUUUUCCAGUAUCAAGUUUUACAGUUUAUUUUAGGUCUUUCGUGUUAAGUAAUUAAUUCAAGAGCUGCAUAUUCACAUGCUUUACGUUGCUGGACUUUUGAGAAAAGGAAAUACCUUCCUGUGAUUUCUCCCACCUCUCAAAGCACUCGCACUCGCACUCGCACUCGCACUCGCACUCCCCCUCCCUCUCUUCCCCCCCCCCCCCCCCCCCCGCUUCGGUCAGGCUUAAAGGUUUGAAGUCCUGGUUUGGAUUAAACCAGCCUUUUAAGGGGAAACCUGCAACUCCCUGCUCAGACAGACCUCGGAGUCAAAGGCUGCUUGGCCUGAGGACAGAGGAUGGCCCUUAAAGGCUUCGGGAAAUAGCUGCAUUUUGACACUAACAAGAGCUUGUAGAAGUAGGGCACUUUCUAAAUGUAGAUGACACUUUUCCCCUUUGUGUAUUUAAACUUUCACCAAGCUGGUUUUGAAUUUAGUUACCAGAAACAGUUUAAGUGGUGUUUUUUUGAUUGCCAGAGGUUUUAAACAGCUCAGUUGAGUAGUUCGUGUUUACUGUGCACUGAACAAGACGUUUUUUUCUAGUUUCAAAACAAGCAGCAGAGAACCAUUGUCACAGGCAAGAGGACUCGAAGGCUGUAACACAAGUUUUCUGGUCGCUUAAUAAGCUGAGUGCAGUUUAGAUGCUCUUUAAGAAAUAUUUGCUUUCCACCAACUAUUCUGUUUUGCCUGGAAAUAAACUAUUUUAAUGAUAGACGCAUCUCACAAAACAGGAAUAUUUGAAUACAGUGACAUUUAGGAAACAGCACGGUUGAUAUUUGGGAAGUUAUGUUAUUGCUUGCACCUAAACCACAAUUUAACCAUUGAAAUUUUUUUCAUUACAACACAGCUGAGACUAUUAAUCAGAUGCAAACUCAUUUACCUCUCCGGCUACAACAGAAACUAACGACGCUCAGCAGUAUUAGAAAGAGUUUAGUAUGAAACUUGUAAUGUUUGUACGGGAUCUAGUUGUUGGACAGUUUAAAGUGCUUUCUUUUGAAUAGCCUAAAUCUCAAUUGCGCAAAAUAGAAGGUUUUAAAUCAACGCAAAAUGAGCAGUACUUAAAAUAGUACUUAAAAGAGAAGGGGGUGUGCAUUAGUUUAGAUUUUAACUCUUAAAAAAAAAUAUUUUAGCCCCACAAAAUCAGUUUCUACCGUUUUCGAGUAAAAAGUAAUUUGCUGAAACUGUCUGUCACGUUUACGAUACGCUUUGUCACACUGCUGUGUUUUCUGAUUAAAAACCUCUGUGAAAUA